AUGUGGAUUCUUAACGUCGAUAAUAUUAUCGAGAGAACCGUUAAGUACUAUGGUAAUCCAUAUUGGGUUGUACUGUCUUUACUCAAGGGAGAAGCUGAACGUUGGCUAACAAGAACUUCAUAUCAAAAUGCUUCAUGGCAUAGAAUUCGUGAAUCAAUUGUAAGAAGAUACGUUUCUUCCGAUUAUGGCUUGACUUUAAGAAGGGAAUGGAAUAAUUUACAUCAAGGACGGUAUUCAAUUUAUGAAUACAAUAUGUAUACCAAGAAGUUGCUCGGUAAAAUUAAUGUCUAUGAAAAGUUUGCUUCAAAAGUUGGUUAUACUUCGUUAAACCUCUGGCUAGAUGAGAAUUUGAUUAAAAGGCAUUACAUUAUGGGUUUAGAAGAAGAUUAUUAUCUUGCUGUUACUGAUGGAGUCGAGUGCCCUCAUCCUCUUGAGAAGAUUUUUAAGAUUACUGGAAAUCGUGAUAUGCCUCAAAUGGGAUUAUCACACAGGAAAUGGAUGAGUGAAUUGGAAUUGAAAGGUAAAAGUAAAAGUAAUCGUAACCGUAACCGUAAUCGUAACCGUAAUCGUAACCGUAAUCGUAAACGUAAUCGUAAACGAACUAAAUUCUACUAAGGAAAGAAGAUGAAGUUCAAGGAGAAUCGUCAACUUCGUAAUUGCUAUAAAUGGGAACAGAUUAUAUACUACAGUAACCAGACCUAACUAUUGUCAACUUAGUUCCCAG